UCCCUUCUUCUGCCUCGUAUCCUCCCCACUGGAAUCGGAUUUGCAGAGGGGUGCGUGGGCUCAGAAAACAUCCCCUCCGCCCGCACAACUGGUCCCUGCACAUUCGCGAUCGUUGGGAACCCCAGCUCUUUUACCGCCAAGUUGAUCCUUGUGAGACAGAAGACACAUUAUCUCCUCCCCACUGCUUUCGGGGUCUCCUUGCAGCCUUGACCAGGCCGAUUGAUCUUCAUCAGGACCUAAAGUUGCCCAAGGAGCUCCCGCCCUGCUAGAGAGGGUGGAGAGGGAGGUGGGAGGCGUGUGCCUGUGUGGGCUUCAGUGCCUUGAAUAUUAUUAGUUUCCUAUUAUUUCGUGCACAUUUCCCCUGGCACUCUGGGCUCCUAGCACCGCGACGGCUACUGGGCCUCAGACACUGCGCGGUUUCCUCGGAGCAACGAGCUAAAGAAAAACCCCCGGCGCCGGCGAGGGCGGAGGCGGCGGGGGAAGAUGCGCGGCGUUGGCUGGCAGACGCUUUCCCUGUCGCUGGGGUUAGUGCUGGCGAUCCUGACCAAGGUGGCGCCGCAGGCGUGCCCGGCGCAGUGCUCCUGCUCGGGCAGCACAGUGGACUGUCACGGACUGGCGCUGCGCAGCGUGCCCAGGAAUAUCCCCCGCAACACCGAGAGACUGGAUUUGAAUGGAAAUAACAUCACACGGAUUACGAAGACAGAUUUUGCUGGUCUCAGACACCUAAGAGUUCUUCAGCUAAUGGAGAAUAAGAUUAGCACCAUUGAAAGAGGAGCAUUCCAGGAUCUUAAAGAACUGGAGAGACUGCGUUUAAACAGAAAUCACCUUCAGCUGUUUCCUGAGUUGCUGUUUCUUGGGACUUCGAAGCUAUACAGGCUUCUUGAGAGCAGGAACCAUCAUCUGUAAUUCUCCCUCGGAAAUGCAUUGUGCACCCUGGACAAUUAAUUUUCCUGACCUUUUGAGGAGAACAGAAUGUAUGGAACCUGAAUACCCUGAAGGCAAAUGGAAUCUGGAGUCUGUUUCUAAGAGGCAGGAGCUGCUCUCUGAGUUGGUGUGGUUUUCUUUCCCUCUCUUUAAGAGGAAUGAAUUCCACACCUAAUGAGUAGUUUCAAGGAAGGUUGUUAAUCAGGUAUUCCAAGUGACCACCCUGGAUUCUUCUUUUAUUACACGGGAACGUGAGGGAAUGAGAAAGCAACAUAGUUACAUUUGAUAAAAGGAAACACCUUUUUUCCUCUCCCCACCCACUAUGUAAUCCCCUGGAAUUUAGUUGAGGCAGGAGAUUACUGCAGCAAAUAAUGUGUUUGAAAAAGCAAAGUUGUAUGAACAAGAAUAACACUUGUAGCUACAAUAAUUCUGUUAAAAAUCACAAAGUAUAUAAAUUG